GCAAAUUGCGAAGCAGUUUAGAAGUUGCAAGUUUGAACCCUUGAUUGUUCCUUCGGCUGCGCGGACACAUACUGCGGCUUCCAACGUCAAUCGUUGCUUUUGCUGCCGACUUCUCUUCUCUCUCUCUCUCUCUCUCUCUCUCUCUCUCUCUAUAUAUAUAUAUAUAUAUAUAUAUAUAUAUAUAUAUCUAUAUACAAGCACUCCAUUCUCAUUCCAUUCACUUGAGUUCACUUCACAACGCCGUUUCUCUCUUUCGUCGCCGUUGCAGUGGCAGUGGCACGUGCUUUCACAACUCCCCCCUUUUCUCAAGGGUUACUCGUGCUAUCAUGGAGUUUGUUGCUCGUGCUACCCCUGAUAAUAAUGAUGAGAUAUCUGAUUCAGGAACACAACCCAAUAAGCAGAUGAGAAAGAAGUCUAUGGUGUGGGACUACUUCACAGUGGAAACUGUUGGAGCUGGAUGUACCAGGGCCUACUGUAAACAGUGCAAAAAAUCAUUUUCUUAUAUAACUGAUUCAAAAUUAUCUGGCACAAGCCAUCUGAAAAGACACAUUUCUUUGGGAAUCUGUCGAGUGCUUUGGGAGAAAAACCAACAAAGAUCAUAUCCCAAAACUGGUGGCUCUCUAGAUACUGCCAAUCCACCCAAGAAACAGCCAAGAGCAACACCUGGGUUUGCUGGUAAUGGCAUCUCAUUUGAUCAGGAGCGUUGCAACCAUGAUGUCGCUAAAAUGAUAAUUUUACAUGAUUAUCCACUUCAUAUUGUGAAACAACAGGGUUUCAUUGAUUUUGUGCGGAUUCUUCAACCCCAGUUCAAUCCAUUAUGUCUAAAUUCUGUUGAAGGGGAUUGUGUCGCUAUCUACCUCAGAAAAAAGCAAAAUCUGUUGAAUGUUAUUAAUGGGAUUCCUGGCCAAGUAAACCUGACAUUGGAUUUGUGGACUUCCAACCAGGCAAUGGGCUAUGUUUUUGUUCGAGGACACUUCAUUGAUAGUGAUUGGAAAUUACAUCGUCCUAUUCUCAAUGUUGUUACAGUACCAUUUCCUGUUUCUGAUGACUCUUUAAAUCAAACUUUAGUAACCUGCCUAUCUGAUUGGCAUUUGGAGGGUCGGCUGUUUACCCUUGCACUUGAUAAAUUCUUUUCCAGUGAAGCUGUGAUGGGAAAUCUGAGAGGCCUUCUCUUUGUUAAGAACCCUGCAAUCCUCAAUGGUCAGUUGUUAAACCAGAAUUGUUAUGCUCGUGUUCUUAGUCGUCUUGCAGCAGAUGCACUAUGGACAAUGAGAGAAACUAUUUGCAAAGUUCGUGAAAGUGUAAAGCAUGUGAAUUCUUCUGAAUCCCAUAAAAGGAAGUUUAUCGAGCUGAAGCAACAUCUACAAGUACCUAGUAUGAUGGACCUUUCAAUUGAUGACCAGUGUAAAUGGGACACAACAUAUCAUAUGCUUGUAGCUGCCUGUGAAUUAAAGGAAGUCUUCACUUGCCUUGAUACCAUUGAUCCUGAUUACAGAAUGACUCUAACAAUGGGUGACUGGAAGCAGGUUGACACCCUGUGCACAUAUUUGAAGUAUUUGUAUGAUGCAGCUAUUAUUUUGACUGUGCAACCAUGCCCAACUUCAAACUUGUUUUUUGCUGAAGUGUCAAAAGUUCAGGUGGAGUUGACACAUGCGGCCUUCAGCCAGGAUCCUUUCCUUAGCAGUUUGUUUUUGCCUUUGCACAAGAACUUUGACCAAUAUUGGAGAGAAAGCUGCCUCGUCUUGGCAAUUGCUGUAGCGAUGGACCCAAGGCAUAAAAUGAAACUUGUCGAAUUCACCUUUGCUAAGAUAUUUGGUGAGAAUGCUGAGGAAUGGAUAAAAAUAGUUGAGGAUGGUCUUCGUGAACUUUUUAUUGAAUAUAGCAUGCAAAUGUUCCUUACAACAACAAAUGGCGAUGAAGGGGAUGACAUUAUGAUAAAAAAAACAUUUCUAGAAGGGUCAAUUGACUGCUCACUUUUUGUUGACGGGGAUGAAUUUUCGGAUUAUGAAUUCUACAUAUCUGAUUUUACGGGUAACCCACAAUUUAAGUCAGAAUUGGAUGAGUACUUGGAAGAGCCUCUGCUGACCAGAGUGGAAGAAUUUGAUAUUCUGAGCUGGUGGAGAGUAAAUGGAUUGAAGUACCCGACAUUGUCUAGAAUCGCAUCUGAUAUCUUGUCUUUACCAGUUUCCACUCUGUCUGCAGAUUCCAUUUUUGACAUGCAAAUUAGAAAAAUGGAUAGCUACCGGAGUUCUUUAAGCUCCCUGACCCUUGAGGCCCUUAUUUGUGCCAAAGAUUGGUUCCAGUCUGAAUGACUAGAUUUUUCAAAUGUAAAUGCGAAAAUGGAAUUUCAGGUAUAGGUUUCUCCAUGUAGGAUAGAUUAUUGAGGAGAUUUUAAUUCGUGUCAUUUAAUUCGCGUGACUGUCAGAUUUUUUUGUUACAUUAUAGAUUACAGUAUAAAGACCAAUUCUAUUCAAAUGCCAUCUCUGUUCAAAAUAACCUUUUUGUACCAAAAAAACUACGACUGUAUUCAUACUUUCAUUGUUUCAAUGAAAAACCUGAAAGAUUCAUAGUUUCAAAUUUUGAAUGAAGAACUUGGAAGGAUUGUUUU